AUGGGCGCCAUACUAUCCCUCCCAUUUAGGAUCCUGAAUCUGCUCCUGCCAUUCACACGCGCAGGCACGCCUCUGUCUCAAGAUGUUCUCCACGCAGCCGUCCUGUGCGGAACUUUAUAUUAUGCCCCGCAGAUAACCGCAUGGUACGCGGCACAACAGCAGCAACAAGCAGCAGAGCAGCACAUAGAUCAGGCACAUAACGGAGAAGAAGAAGAAAUCAACGCUACACAUGCCCCCCAUCAAGCACAGGGCCCUGAGCCCCGAAAUCCCGCUGAAGACCUCCCCUUCGACGAGCGGCUCGUACUCCAAGACGACGGCGAAGGCGACCCUCAUCCCGGCCGCCCACCCCGCGCACCCACACCUCCUCCUCACGAAGACCACCACCAACACGGCGACCUCGCCGACGCUUUUGCCCCGGGCCCCGCCAACCCCCCUCCAAACCCCUCGCGAAACAACCGCGUCGUCGGCACAAAGAAAGCCAAGGCUAUCCGGCGUAGGAACGAAGAACGCCAAUAUAACGAAUGGAUACGCGAACAAGCCCAAGUCAGGCGGUUACAGGACGAGGAGGGGCGCGAGGAGAGAGAGGCGGCGCUCGCUGUAGAGCGGGAAAGGCGCGCUGUGGCCGAGGAGAUUAUCCGGCAGAAGGAGAGAGAAGAGAGGGAGGCACUUAAAAAGGAAAGGGAGAGGGAGGCUGAAGAGGAGGCUGCGAGGAGGGAGAGGGUGGUGGCGUAUGUUAGAGAUGGGAUGGCAGAAAAGGGGUGUGUGGAUUUGGUCGAGGCUGCAUACACAGAGGGCAAAGAUCGGACGUGGGUUGAGCGCCUUAUUCGUGCUUCUGGUCUGCUCCAACAACUGCAGCAAGAGAGUAGCCACGUCAUGUUCACUGGAAGGGAUUGGCUGGUUAGAAUCGACCAAGAGGUCAUGGCAAGAGCCUAUGCGGAGGCUGAGCGGUUCGGUCAGGACAAUGGCGGAAAAGUUGGAUUUGAAGACUUUGGAGGCAUGUUGGAGAAGGCUCUACUUGCAAGGGCAAAUGUAUGA